CUUUAAGCAACCUGGUCUGGUGGAAGGUGUUGCCCAUGGCAGGCAGAUCAAACUAUAUGAUCUUUAAAGCCACUUCCAAGUGAGACUGUUCUAUGAUUACAUGAACUGUUUCCCUUGUGCAUGCAUAUUGUUUGUACAAUGAAGGGUCUGUAAGGGUUUUUACUGAGGUAUUUCUAUGUUUUUUUUCUCUCUUAGAGCCCAUCUUGAUCUGCAAAGCCACAUUGCUCAAUGCUUGGAAAUUUUUUUUAAAUUACAGUGGACUGAAGGAUAUUGCAUAAUACUGCAGGCUUACAGCUCUGUGGUUGGAUACAGCUUCCAUUUCUACCCUGCUAUGGUGCUGCUUAGCACACACCUAGAGAAUAUAUUCACAAUUGUGGGCAGAUCCAUUCCCGAUGUCUGUGCAACUUGCCACAUUCAUGCAACAUGUCAGCAAAGUGGAGGAAAAAGUGUUUGUAUCUGUAAUUAUGGAUUUGUAGGCAAUGGAAGAACUCAUUGUCAAGAUAAAGAUGAGUGCCAGAUUGGAGCCAGCAAGAUCUGUGGAAAUCAUACUCUGUGUCACAAUACACAUGGAAGUUUUUACUGUGUUUGCCUUGAUGGAUACCGAGCCUCCAACAACAACAAGACAUUUAUUCCCAAUGAUGGCACGAACUGUACAGAUAUAGAUGAAUGUGAGGAGUCUGGGUUGUGUGGUCACAAUGCAAGAUGUGUGAAUACUGAAGGAAGCUACAUGUGUUACUGCAAUGAUGGCUAUAAAUUAGAAACUGGAGAACAUUCUUUUCAUCAAGAUGGAAACACAGUUUCGUGCAAAGAAAUCGGAUGUGGCUCCCCUCCUGAAAUGAAGCAUGGCUACAUUGUGGGGAACUACAGCAUGCUACCAGGAAGUGCAGUUCAUUAUGAGUGUCAAGAAGGGUUUUACAGCAAUGAAGGAAAGUUCUCAUACUGCACUGCAAAUGAAACUUGGGAACCUCCUACUUUAAGCUGUAAAGGUGUGGACUGUGGGGUUCCACCCUCUGUUUUGAAUGCACAUCCAACAUCUGUGAGCGGGACCACCUACAGAAGUGAGGUUACGUACGACUGUGCUCGUGGUUACCUGAUGGCAGGCGGCAAUCGCACUGCAGUCUGCAAUGCCAGAGGACACUGGGAUGGCCCUGAUUUGGUGUGCAAAGAAAUAGACUGUGGCAAACCUUUGCUCAUUCCACAUACGACAAUGACCUGGGACAACUCCACCACUCUGUGGAGCAGAGUGUACUAUCACUGUAAAGAAGGAUAUUAUUUCAAUGGAGACAGGAAUUUUUCAGAAUGCACAAUAGAUCAGUCAUGGGAGAAUAUUACAUAUGUAUGCAAAGAGGAGGAAUUACUUAGUAAUUUGUCCAUAUUCAAUGAAACAUGUGUGAGGUGGCAAAGGAAAACUGGAAGACUGGGAGUGCAGGAAACGUACACAGUCAAAACUGUUUUUUAUGUAGCCAGUGGUAACUGGCAAGCUGUGGAUCUCUGGCAUAAUGUGCUCUGUGCACGCGCUUUUCCUGAAUCCAGCCAUCUGGAAGACGCUCUAAAAUAUCCAGCGAAGUUUCAUAUACUGGGCCAAAGAUUGGAUGAGAAGAUAUUCUCAGAAGAUGUGAUAUUUAACAUCAGUACAAGUGAAGAUAAUCCAAGGGUGUGUUUAGAUCUGAACUCUGGAAGUAACUACAUGGUGAAUAUAACUACCAUUUCUUCCACAAACAUCACUGUCUCAGUUACACUAGCAAUUCAAACAAAGGUAAAGGAAGCUUUCAAUAAUGUAUUAAUUUUUAAUGAUACUUGCUUGAAAUGGAGGAGAAAUGUCAGGGGAACUGACAUGGAAGACAGAUACUCAUUUCAUAUCCAAGGCCAGCGUUGGUACCAGAAGAACUUCUUUCAUGAAAUGACCUUUGAACUUUCCACGCACAAGCAAGCUCCUGAAGUUUGUUUAGAUUUGCAACCAGGCACCAAUUACUCUAUUAAUAUUUCCAUGGUAGCUUUGAAUUUUUCACUGCUUGUUUCUAUGACAACACAAAUUUCAGAUCCCCCUUUCCCAGAAGUAGAAUUUGUUGCAGUUAAAGGUUCUGCACCUUUGCUCAGACUCCGGAAAGCAGAAGAUCAAAAUGGACCGAUCAGUUUUUAUCAAGUGAUUGUGCUUCCUCUGGAUUUGCAAAGCACUUUUAUUUGUGACUCCUUUGCUGCUACAACUUUCUUUAGUAACACCACUGACAUUAAAGGAUAUGUGGCAGCUGAAUUUCGUGCGAAGGAUGUUGCUGAUAAUAUGUCAAUUACUCUUGGAGACAGACAUUAUUAUGGAAAGUUUUAUAAUGCUCCUUUAAAGCUGGGAGAAGAGUACUGUGUUUUUUUGAAAAUAAUAAGUGAGUGGAAUAAGGUAAGAACACAGUCCUGUGCUGUUUGGGCACAAAUUAAAAAUUUAUCACCCCCUCUACAAUACAUGACUGCUGUUGGAUUAGGGUCGGUGGCUGCUGUCUGCCUUAUAUUGUUCCUGUCGUUCUCUGUGGCACGCUCUUGUCUCCACAGCUCAGUGCAUCCCCCACCUGCUGCUGUAGCCUGUGAGGCUCUACAUUUAUCUACUACAGUAGACAUGGCACAAGCAGGGAUUGCAUCAUCAUUCCUAGAGACUGAAAGUGUCUCUCCUCUCUGAUGGUUUAUUCUCUGAAGUCAGCAUGGGAAAAACGUGCUCUUCUUUCAAAGCUAGCAUGUGCCGGCUAUCUGCAUGUCACAUAUGUACUACAGCAUGAGCAGUUUAAAUGUGUUUGUCAGGAUGUUUAUUCUCUUGCCUUAAUCCAGAUGAUGUGGUGUGUAAAGGAGAACCUUCUCUCACAAGCAGGUUAUCAUGCAUCCCAUGUGUUGCUCACAGGCUUUCAGCUAUUCCAGCUGCAUAAGUGCCUGAUAAUGAGUGCUUGUAUUGUACUUGAUUACAUGAAUAAUCCUGUGAUCCAGUUAAGACUGUUUGAGGAUUAACUGCUACUUUAGAUACCUAUGCACACAUAAACUGGCCUAUUAGGAACGAAAAUACAGACCUACACUUAUGCGAGACAGAGUGGCUAUUGUAUGUCCAAUUAUGAAGGUAGAAUGCUUCUGUCAGUCACUUACAAGUUAUGAUACAUCAGUAACAAGUUACACUUGUUAGCCAUGGAGUUGCCACAUUCAAGUAGUGUCAGCAACUGAUGUGUCCCAGAGAUACUGCAGUCAUUGCUCAUAGCAAUUAGCAGUAAUUGCAAAUAAUGUAACAAUCUAUAAAACUGCAGUUUGCU